UUGAGUGCGCAUGCGUGUUCGUGUGUCGUCUGUAGCAGUAAUGUCGUCGUUUGGCACAUGAAAAAUUUCGAAAAAUCUCUAUAAAAACUUGAAGAGAUUAUGGUUAGCCGGCCACAAACCUUCGCCGCUAAGUUUGUGAAACGAAUGUGAUAAAUUUCGUUUGGAAAAGUAAGUGUUUUGUUAGUGAUAAGUCGCGAUUUUAUGUGUAUUGAUUUUGGGUUCGUUGUCCUCGUCGACGGUCGCGUUUUGAGCGCGGGAAAUUCAAAGUUGUCGGUUCCGGCGAUCGAUUUGAUCGAAUUUGGACGCGUUGCGGACCUGAGUGACUUGUGUGAAGUUGUUCUAUUUUUACUGGUGCGGUUCGAGGGAAUUGUCGCCAAAUUCGGACAGUCCGAACGAACUGGAGAGUGUGACGCUAAUCUAACACUAUUUUUACCAAAUUCCGCCCGGCGCUUCUUUCACGUUGUUUAGAUCCAGUUUCAGGUCCUGUUAUACGAAAGUUCGCCGGAUGCAUCUUUUUGACUCGUUGGAGAAAAAAGGAUCCAUCCUUGCUGCGUGCCUGAUGAAUGGUUAAGGCUUGAGUGAAUGGAGACAGAGUGUGUUUGUUGGCCCUAACAGCAAGCAUUUGCACUAACUUUUCUUUGGCAGUAAUGUCACUCGACCGAGUUGCCGUUAUAAACCACAUGGCUUUUGUUGUCGCGUUGGCCAUGUGGUGCGUAACAUUGGUGGUUUCGGUAACACCUGAUAACGCGUGUCGUGAUUCUAGUCACCGACGCGCGAACGUACCCCCACGGCCCCAUUCUCGGAUCUUGGCAGAAAACUACCCCCAGAUAUACGCGCUCGUUGACUCCCGACGGACUUUUCUGCUACAUCUAGCCGGGGGACACGAUGUCUUCCAGAAGACGGAGUCGCAGCAGAGAACGCUCAAAAAAUUCAAACGCCGGGUCCAAACUGAGAAUGGACACCAAGCCACAAACACCUAGAAUUACAGAUCCUAGUUUACCAGCUGGUCGAAGACGUGAAAUUGACACCGUCAUGAAAAAGGCACGUGCUUCACCGAAUUCUAAUGCUUACUGGGAUAAGAAGUUACUAGAAGUUGAAGCAAAAGAUCCGAAUAGGUGGCGCCACAGCGGCUACAAAUCUCUGUACAUCGACGGUUCUUCAUCGCCGUCAUCAGGCCACCGCAGCCGUUCCCGAUCUCCGACCGGUCGUAGAUCGCCUCCUCGCCGUUCGCCAGUUCGUCGUUCUCCAGUUUCUCGCCGUUCGCCUCGUUCUCCAAUCGCUCGCCGAUCGCCUCGUUCGCCGCCGCCGCGUCGUUCUCCCCUAGGUCGCAGGUCACCGAUUUCGCGUCGUUCGCCCGCCGCUUAUAGCCGAUCGCCGGUCGGUCGUCGUUCGCCGCCUCCAGCAACGCGUUCUCGACCUGCUCGACCUCGUUCGCCGCCGCCACACAAAGCUUCCGGUUCUGGACGACGCUCAGCUUCAGCGAGUUCAAUCAGCAGCUGUUCGGACGAUUCGUGUUCGGUGUGUUCGCCCAAGAAUCACCGCCAUCCGAGAUCGAGAUCUCGUUCGUUUUCGGUGCCACGAUCUCGCAAAGGGCAGACGAAAACGGCGUCACCGGCGCUCAAGUCUCGAGUCCGUCCUAGACCUCCGUCGCCGUCUCCAUCGCCUCCGAGGCGGAUGCCGAGGCCGAUGACGCCGCCGCCAGCAAGGAAGCCGCAAAAGACGAGCUCGUCGGAUAGACCGACGGAUCCGAGGAGGCAGCCGCCGCCGCCAAGGCCGCGAGGGAGGACUGGAGAGGUGAUUGAUGUGACGGGGGUGAAGCCGCCCAUGAAACCGGCGAGGAAACCGAAGGAGAAAGGAUCUGAACCAGUUUUGUUAACUAGGAUUAAAAAAGAGAGGACGAAGAAGAGAACAGGGUCGCCGGGAGAGUCUUCAGGCUCGGAAGAUAGCGAUACUUCUUCGACUUCACCAAUCGUUGCCACCACAAGAUUGACUUUGUCGGAAAGGUUUGGGAAAAUCGCUCAGUGGAGUGCCGAUAGGGAAAGGCGUGAUAUUGAAAAUAUGAGAAUUACAAAGACAGGAGGUGAUCUCAAGGUUAUGAUAGAAGGGGAGGAUUAUAUUUAUGGAAGUCCGCCUCGAAGAUAUAGUUUGUCGCCAGUUCCGGCCGGUCAUUAUCCGGACGAACUUCUAUCAUCGGGUCCCUCAAGACUGGCAGCUUGGGACGAUGUUAGAGUCCGAUAUCAGUAUUAUAAAGAUCUCGGAUAUCUUCGAGACUUGUCGUUAGAUGAUUACAUCAAGUGGGAAGAAUGGUGGUAUAAAUAUCAAGAUUGGCUUACUAACGAAAGGCAUUACGAACAUUGGCUUAGUACUCAAAGACGGCGCAGGAAACGACUUCCUGCCACGCAAAGAUUGAACUAAGACAUAUAUUAAGAGAUUUAAGGGUUUACGACAUAGUGACAAGAACAACUGGUUAUGUGAUAACUUUAAUUUUUGCUGUUUGACAUAUCUCUAAGUUAGGUAAGUAUCCUUAUAAUUUUUUAUUUUGUUAUUAUGAUCAUUGAUUAUUUCAAAUAAUUUAUUGUAUUCUUUUCCUUUUUUAACUGUACAUUACUGUAAUUGUCUGAAGUUAACUUGAAUAAAAUAAGGUAGCGCC